AUGGCCAGUCCCGUGGAAAGAGGCGUCGCGGAACAGUCCAGUGCAUUUAACGGUAUACAAUAUAGUAUAAAGGACAGUAUAGAGGACAAUAUAGAGGACAAUAUAGAGGACAAUAUAGAGGACAAUAUAGAGGACAAUAUAGAGGACAAUGUAAAGGACAAUAUAGAGGACAAUGUAGAGGACAAUGUAGAGGACAAUAUAGAGGACAAUGUAGAGGACAAUAUAGAGGACAAUAUAGAGGACAAUAUAGAGGACAAUAUAGAGGACAAUGUAAAGGACAAUGUAAAGGACAAUAUAGAGGACAAUGUAGAGGACAGUAUAGAGGACAGUAUAGAGUACAGUAUAGAGUACAGUAUAGAGUACAGUAUAGAGUACAGUAUAGAGUACAGUAUAGAGUACAGUAUAGAGUACAGUAUAGAGUACAGUAUAGAGUACAGUAUAGAGUACAGUAUAGAGUACAGUAUAGAGUACAGUAUAGAGUACAGUAUAGAGUACAGUAUGUAUAGAGUAUAG